CUACACUGUAUCUCUACAUUGUAACACACUGGUCAUGGGAGGAGAUGGGCAGUGCCUGUGGACCUCUAACCUGCUGUGAACUUGUGUUAUGGGUCAUUUUAACAGAUGAACUGGAUUAACUCUCUCUGAAAACACCCAGGAGGUUGUGAGGUCGCUUCUCAUCAUGACAGAGCGGACCCCUCUCCUCCACUACCGCCUCUCCACCAGCGUCAAUGAGUCCGAGCUGCGGUGCCCUCCGGCCGGCCAGGCCCCGGUGCAGAGCCCGGGCAGCCCGAGGCAGAGGUCCACCCAGCAGCCCAAGAAGCUCUCCAUCUUCUUCGGGGUGGUGAUCCCCACCCUGCUGUCCAUGUUCAGCGUGGUGGUGUUCCUCCGGAUAGGAUUCAUGGUGGGCCAGUCCGGACUGUACCAAGCCAUUGCCAUGCUCCUGGUGGCCUACUUCAUCAUCUGCAUGACCGUGCUGUCGGUCUGCGCCAUCUCCACCAACGGAGCCCUGGACGCCGGAGGGGCCUAUUACAUGAUCAGCAGAGCGUUGGGUCCAGAGUUCGGCGGCAGCAUCGGCAUCAUGUUCUUCCUGGCCAACGUGUGCGCCAGCGCUCUCUACGUGCUCGGUCUGGUCGAGGCCAUCGUGGCCACCUUCGGAGUGCCAGAAGACGGGUCUGUGGUCACUUCUGCCUACCAGGUCCUGCCGUCGGGCUACUGGUGGUCUCUGCUCUACGCCACGGGCGUCGCCCUGCUGUGCCUGCUGGUGUGCCUGGUGGGGGCCCACAUCUACGCCAAGGCCACCUUCGUCAUCUUCCUGGUGGUCAUGUUCGUCCUGGGCACCAUCUUCAUCAGCUUCUUCGCCGUACACCCGCGUACCAUCGUGCUGCCCGGCUCUGCCGCGUUCAACCCGACGGCCAACGGGACGGGCCCCGCCUUCCCCACCACCGCCAACUUCACCGGCUUCAAGCUGGACACGCUGCUGGGGAACCUGAGGGCUGACUACACGGUGGAUUACACAACCAACACUAUGAUGACCUUUGCCACCGUCUUCGCCGUCAUGUUUAACGGCUGCACCGGCAUCAUGGCCGGCUCCAAUAUGUCAGGUGACCUGAAGAAUCCAAGCUACUCCAUCCCCCGCGGCACCAUCACAGCCGUCAUCUUCACCUUCAUCAUCUACAACCUGCUCAGCAUACUGGUGGCCUGCUCCUGUGACCGCGUCCUCCUCCAGAGGGACUACAGCUUCCUGAGAGACAUCAACAUCUGGAACCCCUUCGUCACCGUCGGGGUUUAUUCCUCCACGCUCUCCGCCGCCAUGAGCAACCUCAUCGGAGCCUCGCGCAUCCUCUACGCCCUCGCCAGGGACGACCUGUUUGGUAAGGUGCUAUCUCCGGCGAAGAAGACGUCCCACAGUGGUAACCCCUGGGUAUCGGUGCUCCUAUCCUGGUUCCUUGUGCAGCUGGUGCUUUUCUCCGGGAAGCUCAACACCAUCGCCAGCAUUGUGACCAUCUUCUUCCUGCUGGUGUAUGCGGCCGUGGACUUGGCCUGCCUCGCUCUGGAAUGGGCCUCCGCACCUAAUUUCAGGCCCACCUUCCGGUACUUCACCUGGCACACCUGCGUGCUGGGCAUCGUGGGCUGCGCCAUCAUGAUGUUCCUCAUCAACGCCAUCUACGCCUCGGCCAGCAUCGCCUUCAUGCUGCUGCUGCUGCUGCUGAUCCACUACCUCAGCCCCACCUCCAGCUGGGGCUACAUCAGCCAGGCGCUCAUCUUCCACCAGGUGCGCAAGUACCUGCUGAUGCUGGACGUGAGGAAGGACCACGUCAAGUUCUGGAGGCCUCAGGUCCUGCUGAUGGUCUCCAACCCUCGCAGCAGCGUGGGCCUCAUCAAAUUCAUCAACGACAUCAAGAAGAGCGGCCUCUACGUGUUGGGACACGUUCAGCUCGGAGACCUCAACACUCUGCCGUCCGACCCCCUGCAGUCCAAGUAUGACUCCUGGUUGUCGUUGGUGGACCAUCUAAACAUCAAAUCUUUUGUCAACUUGACGUUGGCCGAUUCUGUGCGUCACGGCGUCCAGCAUCUCCUCUUCAUCUCCGGACUAGGUGGGAUGCGUCCCAACAUCCUCAUCCUCGGUUUCUAUGACGACUGUCUUCCAAAGGACAAGCUGAUCGAUCCGUCGCUCGUCACCAGUCUGUCCACGGAUCUCCCCGACUCCCUGCAGGAUCCCGAUCAACAACCCCCUCUCUUCCACUUCUCCUCGCUGCGGGGGUCCAGCGACCGGCAGGAUUGUGGCGAGUUCGGAGACGGUAAAGUUUUAGGACCCGAGGAGUACGUAGCCAUCAUCGCCGACGCCAUGAAGAUGCUGAAGAACGUGGUGCUCGCCCGAUACUUCAACGGCUUCGACCGAGCCCAGGUCCUCUCGCCGCCCUCCUCCAAGGGCGGCGUCUACGUGGACGUCUGGCCCGUCAACCUCCUCCGCCCGGACAGCUGCAGCUACGUGGACACCUGCUCCCUGUUCCUGCUGCAGCUGGCGUGCAUCCUCAACAUGGUGAGGGCCUGGCGCCGGGCCACGCUCCGCCUCUUCCUGUGCGUGGAGGACGGGCGGAGCGUGAGGGGCUCGGAGGAGAAGCUGGGCCAGCUGCUGAAGGAGCUGAGGAUCAAAGCGCAGGUCUACACCGUGCCCUGGGACCAGCAGGUGGCGCUCCACUGGCAGCGGCAAGGCGAGUGGGGGAAGAAGAAGCCGCCGACGCAGUCCCCCGACGCCACCGCCAACGAGGAGAAGGAGCAGAGGGCGGAGGAGGAAGAGGACGACGACGACUACGUCAACAGCUUCCCGAGCAACGCCACGCGCCUCUCUGACGACUACCUGUCGGCCGUCAACACGCUGAUCCUGGACUCGGCUCGGCCCGCCCCCGCCGUGCGUUUCCUGUAUUUGCCCCGCCCCCCAGCCGACACCCGUCGCUACACCACCUACUUACACCAGCUGGAUCUGCUGACUCAGGGCCUGGGCCCCACGCUGCUCAUCCACGGGGUCACGCCCGUCAUCACCACUGACCUCUGAACAGUCCUCCUUCCAGAGGCCUGAUCAGCAGGAGGAUCUCUCCGAAGGUUUGACUUCUCCACCCAAUGACACGAACAAUUCUGGUUUCCCAUCAAACUUCUGAAGAAACAAGAAGGUAAACUUUUAGGUCAGCAGUCAAAGCAACAGGCUGAUUGAAUGUAUGCAAGUUAAGUUAACAGCUUUUCACACAAACGUACAGCCUGCCAAUAAAAGCAGUAUCAUAGAGGGUAUAUUUAUAUUUUCAGUCGGCCUCCGUCAGCUACUUCCUCAUCCAUAUUUUCCAUAGAGAGAGCGGUUUAAAUCCCGAUACACUCCAACCUGAACCUGAAGUCUCCCCUUGAUCCCCCCCCCCCGCUGCUCAAACCCCCUGAAAUGACCAUUCCAUAUGCCUCCAGAUCAAAAAAAGUGCCUCGCUAGAUAGGAAAGUUUGGACUGCGUUCCACCUCGGAGCAGUCGUCUGCAGGAAAUCUGCUUUUCCGUUUUAAGGAGCUUUAGGUAAUACAAUAAUAACGACGGUGCUACUAUAGAAGUCCUAAAACAUUUUAUUCCAGAAAAUGAUUUCUUGUGGGAUCUCAGGAAGACUUUAUUUUCCUCCCAAAAGCACUUUUUUUUUUUUCCUCGCUGUACCAAACUGCAAGCUCUGCAAAAACUCCUUAAACAUGUUUACAGUGCCAAUAACUACUGUGGUUAUCCACACAGUUGUAUUGAUUCUUUUAAUGUAUUUUUAGGUACUUUAAAACUUUAGAAUAGUUUUUACUCGACAGUGACUGAGUUGUGCCUGAAUUAAUUGUAUUAUUUGCCUUUACCCAAAAUAUUUGUAACCUUUAAAGUGAACCUUUGUAACUUUCGUUGAAUUGAGGCCACAAGAUGCAUUUACAGGAUAAUAGUUAAUGCAAAAACAUAAUGUAUUAAUAGCGCAAAGAGGAGUCUGUAAUAACAACUGAACAGCAGUAUUUCUCUACAGAUGCUAACAUCAGCUAACCGUAGCUUCAUACCAGACUACAUCAGGCUUCAUCAGCUAAGCUAAACCCAAAUACUGAGUUAGGAAAACAUGUAAGCAUGUGACAAAAGAUACAUACUCUCACUUUAAGUGUUGAAAAGCAUUUUGUGGCAAAUGAGUGUUUUUAUUCCUUUAAUGCAUUGAUGCGAUGGAUAACCUCUAAUGCUGCAUUGACUCUGCACGGCACGGCUCGGCUCGGCUUCAAUCAACUCGCUCUUUCAUGGGUUUUCUUUUGCUAAAUUUGCUGAUAUUUUUACUUUUUUUUAUGGUACGACCUCGUCAAGGUUCCAUGCGAGACGCGGGACAUCCUGCACAAACCCGCCAUUUUUUAAAAAAUAGCUAAAUUUGGUCGACUGCAGUUUAUCAUUUUUUUUAUUCUCUCAACCGAGAUUUUAAAAAAUGGCAGCUUGCAAAAGUUGGAGUACACUACGUCAUUCAAUAGACAAAG